GUUUCUGGUUGUAGUUUUGUCGCUCCUAGCACGGUGUGAAUGUCGAAUCUCAUUAUGACUUGUGCAAUUUUUAUUUGUUGGACAUGCUUGAUCAUGUCCCCAGCAUACCGUGAUAUCUGUCUUGGUGAUGGACCACACUUGCUGAACAUAGUGGAACAAUGGGAAGAACCUAACAGACAUCUGUAUCCAGGUAUUUGCCUUCAACCAGGUGUGAACUGGUCGAACCUCGGUGAAGACUUCAGAAAUGGAGCUUUGUCACUGCCCGUCGGUAUAAAGGUAGAAGAGCACGUUGUUGUCAUAUUUUUUUAUAUGCAGCCCGUUUGGACUGGACAAAAUUGGGGCCAACGGGGGAGACAGAAAGCUCUAGAGACCCGCUGGGAGCCUAGGAGACGUGGUGCCAUCUCACUUAGGCGCCUUCGCUUACGUCUACACUUGCACUGCAGAUCUUCUGGGUCCAUGAUGUGGAUGUCGUAGGUAUGAGAGAGAUGCGGAGGUGCGAAGGUACCUUGUGGAAUGAGUAGGAAGUGGAAGGUAGGUAGCAAGCAGGCAAGUCAGAUAAGGAGGUUGGUGGUGCCUUUAGAUGAUGGGCAGAGUAGACUAGGGUGAUGUCACUCUUAGAUCUCUCUCUCUUUUCCGUUCAUGAUUGUACUUGCC